AUGGAGGGGACGGUCGUGGCUGUCUGCGAGAUUUUGAGAUAUUUAAUAAUUCACUGGAAGUGUCAAGCAGGAGUAUCAAAGGGAGCAUUGCUAGAAGGGAAGCUAGUGAUUUCCAUAGAAGCAUUAAAUUCUAAGCACCAGGCAAAUGCUCUUCAUUGUGUAACAACUAUAGCUUCUGCAGGAAGCAUUUAUGGUGACUUGGUUCUCAAGAAGUUCCUAAAAGAAAUACAGUCAAUACUGUCCGGAUUCUCUGCAAAGCUGACUUGGACUUCAGUGGAAGGCAGCUAUUCUCAGGACGUAUCAGGGAUAACACCCUUCCAGAUGACUUUUGAGGUUGAUGAAAAGCCGAGAACUUUGAUGACAGAUUGUCAGGUUAUAAAGAAUUUUUUACGCAAAAUCAUCAUGGUGCACCCUAAGAUCAGAUUUAAUUUCAGUGUAAAGGUAAAUGGAAUUUUCUCCACAGAGAUCUUUGGGAUAGAGAAUGAACCCACUUUGAACCUGUCGAAUGGAAUUGCUCUUGUCGUAAACUAUCAGCAUUAUGUGAGACCAAAAUUUGGCACAACUGAAUCAUGGUGCAGCAGAAUCCACCCUGUGCUAGGACAUCCAGUAACGCUUUUCAUCCCUGAUGGCGUGGCUGGUGUGGACUUGUUGGGAGAACUGAUACUGACUCCAGCUGCUGCUCUGUGCCCCAGCCCAAAGGUCUUUUCCAACCACCUGAACAAGAUUUCUUCAGUUUCCAUAUUUCUAUAUGGACCCUCAGGUCUCCCUCUGAUAUUGUCAAGUCAGGGGCACCCAAUUACUACUGUCUUUAAAGACACCUUUUAUUUCAUUGACUGGAAGAAAUACCACUUGUGUAUGGUGCCCAAUUUGGAUGUCAAUUUGGAUAGAGAUCUGGUGCUUCCAGAUAUGAGUUAUCAGGUGGAAUCCAGUGACAGGAAUCAAUCUCAGAAUAUGGAUCCUCAGGGAGAAACUCUGUUGCUUUUUCUCUUUGUGGAUUUCCACAGUGGAUCUCCAGUUCAGCAAAUGGAAAUGUGGGGAGUCUAUACUUUGCUUACAACUCAUCUCAGUGCCAUCCUGAUGGAGAGCCACAGUACAGUGCAAGAUUCUAUCCAAUUCACUGUGGACCAAGUCUUGGAGCAGCAUCACCAGGCUGCCAAGGCUCAUCAGAAACUGCAGCGCUCGCUCUUGGUGGCUGUAAAUUCCAUCAUGAGUAUUGUGACCGGAAGCACCAGCGGCAGCUUCCGAGAGAUGUGUCUCCAGGCCCUUCAAGCAGCUGAUACACAGGAAUUUGGGACCAAACUGCACAAAGCAUUUCAUGGCAUCACCCAGCACCGAUUUCUUCGCCACUGCUCAUGUGAGGUGAAGCAGCAGCUGUCCCCAGAGAAAAAAGAUGCAGCCCACAGCACUGAGGAUACACAUGAGAACAGCAGCCCAGAACUCACUGCAGAGCCCAGCGGGCAAGCAGAAAACAAGAGGCUCAAAAGGGGCAGCCUCCGCCAGGCCGUGGAGGAGAUGCGAGCUCUCCACUCUGCCCGGGCCCCGAGCCCAUCAGAGGCGGCCCCGUGCGGCCCAGAGCCCCCCGCGGCCUCCCUCACCCCUAGCGGAAGGGAGGCCCGCGCGGCCCACGGCCGGGCCCCGGCGCCUGGCAGGACGAGCUCCGGGAGCGGCCUGGAGGAAGCGCUGUGGCUGCAGGAGGUCUCCAACCUGUCCGAGUGGCUGAGUCCCGGCCCUGGGCCUUGAGCCGAGCCCUCUCCCGGAGGCCCCCGGCCCGGAGGCUGCGGGCGGCCGCGUGCUGU